AUGCGAUGCGCGAGCAAGGCCGCCGAGAGCGCGUCCGCACGUCUCUGUGCGGACGCCGAAGCAGAAACAACAGCAACUGAUGUCUCAUCGGUUGCUGAAGCGACCCAGCCUGUGUCACUUGGUGAUGCAGGCGCUGGUCAUGAAGACACUCGUGUCUUCACAGAGUACGAGCUCGGUGUCUCGUACUCUCCUGAUACGGAUGACGGAACCGUAUCGACGGCGAUUGAAUCUAAGCCGCCUGCCAAGCGUGACGUGGAUGAUGCUUUGCGUCGCAGCAUCUUUGGUUCAUCUGAUGAAUCAGAUGAACCAUCGCCGAAGCGAAGGCGCUCGAGGUCGCGAGACUCGGGCGCUAAUAGUGGUGUCGGUUCUCCUAUGGACACCACUUCACAGCGGGGUGCCAGUACUGCUGUCGGCACGUCGCAGGAAGAGCGGGACCGCAAUGUCUUGCGUCUCGCUCCCGAGAAGAAGGCAUGGAUGCCUCCUAAAUCAGUCAUGGAUCACUUGUCGGCGACGACGAGUGAUCGUUAUCGAACACGAUUGUUCGAUUCGUCAAGGAUCCAUCACCUUGACCCCAGCGCGAAAACCUAUCGCGCUGAACAUGAAUUCUUCAUCGAUGCUUUCUUUAGACAUCGAUGGUACAGUGGGAAUCACAAACGUGAUGGUCCCUCACUACUUCAGGCGUGGAACGCCUACAUCCAUAACCUCGAGGAUGUAGGUCGUGACGCUUGGAACGACAAACUUAUCAAAGCUCGUGAUAAGUUUGAAAAGCGAACCCCGACUGCCCGUGGUGGCGCGUAUGUAGUCUCUACUGAGAUGUACGAAGGGAUUGACAACCUGAAAUCCAUUUACGACCGUGCCGGGAAGACUUUCUCCGGCGGUCCUUCUGCGGCACAGGAUGUGCCGCGUCGUACUGCUCAACCAGACCCAGUACGUCGAUCAUCAGUUGGGAGCGGGGCUCCCAAGAAUCCCAGGACGGGGGAUAGCCGCGCCACCGGACGAGAUAACUCGUCCGACGUCCGUUCACGUCGCGGUGGUUCAACAGCUGCUCAACUAUAUAGCGCUGGCCACCGCGAGAGUCCUCUAAUAGAGGUGGAGGAGGAGGAAAGACGCUCUCCACACGAUCAUGUGGAUCGGUGUGUUCCCGAGAGCUUCUUUGAUCGCGUAACGCAAGGGUUACGCGACGACCUCGAACAUGAGCGGAAUAGGCGUCUCCAAAUGGCGGACACUGCCUCGAAGCAUCGAGCUGAGUUUGCCUUUGCUCAGCUUGAGAACGAGAGAUCUCUGACAUCUCUUCGUGACGAGCUAAGGGUAGCUCGUGGGAUUGUUGAUCGGUCUCGGGAUGAGAUAACUGCUCUUCAGACCCUUGUUGAUGCCCACCAUCGGGAGCACAAGGUCUCUCUGCGAGAUGCUAGAGCGCAAGGGCGUUCUUCAUCGGAAGAAGCAGCGUACUGA